CUAUAUUUGAUGCGAUCCGUCCCUUUCCACGAUUCCUGCCAUGUACACAAUGCGUGCUUGUAUGAGCAUUUUCGUAUUGGCCACAAUCGCACUAUCAAGUAUCGGAAUUCUUGUCAGUAUGGACGUGGUCCUGAACAUGCAGAGCUUUGAAGACAAAGCAUCUCUUCUUCAUGCCUCUUCCUUACCAGACAGAAGGUCCUCUAAAUACGGACAAAGCGAUACCGGUAUCCAAAACAUAGCAAUCGAACAAGACAUCAGUGCAGAGCAGUAUCCAAUACGGCGAGCCAGUUCUUCACUUCCCGGCAGGAAUUUCCAGAACCUUAGUGUAGCUCCUGAAACAUUGUUCCGCAAGCCAUUCUGGAGUAAUUCUUCCAGUUUUGACAUUGACGCCCCUACUAUUCUAGUCCAGCUCGGCGGUGAAUUGGCAAACCAACUGGGAUAUAUUGCUAGAGCUUCUGGAUUGGUUUGGUGGCUGGAGAGGGAAUAUGGUGUAAACGCCAACGUAGUUCUGAGACGGCAGGAGAGUACAACAACCAAAUGGAUCCGGGCUCGCACGGAUGUAACUCGCUGUUUCCCUUACCUGAGAGACUUGGACUUUGAAGCCGGGUAUACAGAUGAGAUAACACAUGAGAUAAGUUUUCUAAAGGAGCCUGGACUUCAGAGCAAUAGUACAUCUGCGAGACUUAUCGAGGCACGGAGGGAAGGGGAGUACGAUGAGACGCUCCAGUCAUUUUUGAGUCUGUAUGCCCAAAAUCACACCAAUAUGGGAAAGAGGAAUGGGUUUUUAAUGACCAGCAAAGACCUCAUUGUGGACAAGUACUACGAAGAUAUUCGCAGAAUCUACCAGUUUGACGAAAGCUGCUGUAUUGAUGUACCCGAUACGGACGAAUCCGUUUUUCAUUUUCGUAACUUUGUUACCGAAGGUGCUCGAAUUGGAAAUCGCCUAAAUUUCAAGGAGCUAGCUCCGGAUCAAGUGGCGAACGAGCUAUUUGCGCAUCUCAAUCCUGGAGACAAAGUAGCCAUUACUUCACGCUACCCCGAUGACUUUCGGACACGAAUGAUUGUGGAAGCGUUCGAGAAGCGCAAUAUUCGAGUUCGAGUUGUAGGGCCAAGGUCUGGGGUUGCGGACUUUUGCUUCCUGAUGCAUGCACAGAAAGAGCUGGUUGGAACUGCCAUGUCCUCGUUUUUAAUUUGGGCUGGCCUUCUUGGAAACGCUACGAAAGUACGAGCGUACACUGCCAUGAUGUCUACGGGGAAUAGUAUCUUUAACCACUACAACUACACCCAUCCGGAGCUCAAAUCCCGUUUUCGUUUUGAGCGCUACGCCGCGAACAUGUCCGCCUCCGACUUGGUGCUGUCGAAGAAGCAAAAUACUCCUUGA